AUGCGUUUGGACGGCGUCGCUCCCCCCGCCGAGGUCGCUGAGACCAAGAGUCGCGAAGAGAAGGACUACGAUGUGGAGGACCUCAAGGCCGUUGCCAACGUCCCCGAGGACGAUCCCUUUGGCAACGAGGCCAACGCGGAGGUCAAGUACAAGACGCUGAAGUGGUGGCAAUGCGGAAUGUUCAUGAUCGCGGAGUCUGUCUCCCUGGGAGUGUUGUCUCUCCCGGCCACCAUGACUUCCCUGGGUCUCGUUCCCUCGCUCAUUCUUAUCGUCGGUCUCGGUAUCCUCGCUCUCUACACUGGCCUCGUCAUCGGCUGGUUCCGUGAACGUCACCCCUUCAUCCACAACCUCGCCGAUGCGGGCGAGAUCCUCAUGGGCCGCUUCGGCCGCGAGCUGUUCGGACUCGGCCAGAUCCUGUUCUCCAUUUUCAUCAUGGGCAGCCACAUCGUCACCUUCACCGUCAUGAUGAACACCAUCACCGACCACGGAACCUGCUCCAUCGUGUUCAGUGUGGUGGCUAUGGUCAUCUGUCUGGUUCUGUCGCUUCCCCGGACGAUCAAGAACUUGACCUAUAUCUCCACAGCUUCUUUCAUCAGUAUCUUCACCGCGGUGAUGAUCACCAUGAUCGGCGUCGGAGUGCAGUACAAGGGCGGCCAGAACAUCAGCAUCACCACCGACACCAACCUGUACACGGCCUUCAGCGGCGUGACCCAGAUCAUGUUCGCCUACUGCGCGCACGUUGCCUUCUUCGGUCUGAUCGCCGAGAUGGAGGAGCCCAAGGACUUCGCCAAGGCCCUGUGUCUGCUGCAGUGCUUCGAGAUUGCGCUCUACGUGACGGCCGCCAUCGUCAUCUACUACUUCGUGGGUAACGGCGUCGACUCGCCCGCCCUGGGAUCGGCUGGACCGGUGUUGAAGAAAGUGGCCUACGGCAUUGCCAUCCCGACGAUUAUCGGCGCUGGUGUGGUCAACGGACACGUCGGUCUGAAGUACAUCUACGUGCGCAUCUUCCGGCACUCGGACCGCAUGUCCAAGAACGACUUCGUGUCGGUGGGCUCGUGGAUCGCCAUCGGCGUCAGCUGCUGGGUCGUUGCGUGGAUCAUCGCCGAGGGUAUCCCCUCGUUCAGCAACAUCGUCAGUCUGAUCAGCUCGCUGUUCGCCAGUUGGUUUAGUUACGGUCUGCCGGGCCUGUACUGGCUGCACAUGAACUACGGGCAGCUGUUCUCGUCGCCUAAGAAGAUUGCCAUGACGAUCCUCAACUUUUUGAUCCUGUGCAUUGGUGCUGCCAUGUGUGGUCUCGGUCUGUACGCCUCCGGAAAGGCGAUCCACGACGAUGCCUCCAAGAGCAGCUUCUCGUGCGCGAGCAAUGCGUUGUAAAAGGGUGGUGCUAUGACCGAG